GUGAAGGGCAGAGAAACGUUGGCGACCAUAGUCAGCUCAAGAUAAACCCCAGGGUGUCGACCCCCACCACUUCAUCCUACACAAUGGACGGCAUGCAGCAGCAGCGCGUCCUGGCCGACGGCUGGGGCCAGCAGACCUCGGGCAGCGUCUUCUGCGCCGACUCGAGUCUGCGCUACAUCUACGAGAGCAACGCGCGGUCGCUCUCCCCCCAGCAGCAGCAGCAGCAGGCGCAGUCCAUGGCCUACGCCGGCGCCAAGCCACAGGUCUACAACAGCAGCAACAGCAACAGCAACAGCAACAGCGGCAAGCCCAGCGCCAUGACCUUCGCCGGCAAGCGGCCGCGCGACUACGCGGCCGACAGCGUGCGCGGCGUGGACCUGUUCGAGGCGGAGGUGGCCAAGGCCUGCACGGCCAUCCGCAAGCAGGCGGAGGCGCUGCCGCCCUCGUUCCGCGAUUGCUCGGUGUGUCUGAGCGCCAACGCGUACGCGCAGAUCACGGCGUGCGGCCACACGUUCCACCCCAACUGCUUCCUGCGCUGGUUCCGCCUCAACCGCUCGUGCCCGCUCUGCCGCGGCGUCGUGGACAAGGUGGCGCUCGCGCAGCCCGCGGACGAGCUGGAGGCCAUCAUGGCCGAGAUCGACGACGAGUCGCUGCAGCUCAUGCCCGCGCGCGCGCCCGCGGGCGACGUGGCGGCGCUGGACGACCCCCUGCUGGCCAACUCGGACCAGUUGAUGUCGUUCCUCGAGUCGGACUUUGACACGGACAUGGAGCUGGCGGCACUGGACGAUCUCAACACGCCCACGAGCUUCGACCUCGUCCUCAAGCAGGAGACGUCCGCGCCCAUGGACAUGGAGCUGGACGAGCUGGUGGACAGCGGAGACGCGGGCAAACCCGAGGUGCUGCCGCCUCCGACCAACUACGCAGCAGCGAACAACUUCGCCCCCGUGGCGCCACAGCAGUUCCCACCGGCGUCAGCUAUGCCGAACUACUGGAACGUACUGAACCAGGGCAUGGCCCCACCCAUCAUGCCGCCGGCCCCUGCUGUCCCGCCCCAGAGGAUGGUCCACAUCGCGCCCAAGCCUGACGCGACGAGCGUGAGAUCACCUGGUGCCACCACAGUGAGGACAACAGAGCCCGCGUUCAAGGUGCCGGUGCCUCAGGUCCCGCAGCACACUCACAGCCACCACCACCCUCACGCAGCCCGUGCCUCGGCGCCCGUGGCCCCCCGUGUGGUGUCGUGCCGAUGCACUGGAGGUUGCAGGAACGGCCGCUGCGCCUGCGUCAAGGAAGGAGGCAUGUGCGGCGCCUCGUGCCGUUGCACGUCGUGCAAGAACCCCUUCCUGAUGGUCAAGGCCGCCGGCGCGGACAUCGACGCGCUGCUCAAGGACGACUGCUUCAUGCACAACGUGUCCAAGACGAGGGACAUGGUGCAGCGGCUACAGGAGCCCGUGGCCGUGCCGUGCUGCGACUCGACCAUCAAGGUCAUCGACUGCGUGCAGGGCUACACGUGCGCGCCGUGCAAGCGCCGAUACGACUUCUCGUGGUGCAUGAACAAGCUGCUGGACAGCGAGCGCACGCCGCGCAACCACUGCGCCAUCUGCAAGCGCUGCUGCGACCACCGAGACGUGCACUGCAACGACUGCGGACGCUGCUACUUCGCCGGCGUGGCGGCCAGUCUCCCGUGCCCGUGCAAGGAGGCGUCCAGCCACAAGAAGCGCCGCGAGGCUGCGGCCAAGGACAAGGCCGAGGAAGCCGAGGAAGAGGCUGAAGGCGAGUGCUGCAUCAUGUAACCGUACAGUAUCGUUAGUCGGGGCGUCUCUCUUUCAACUCCACCGCCACAUAUGGAGGUUCUGAACAAAGCGUGUCGUCACCUUGUAACACU